AUGAUCGCUGCCGUAACUCUGAGGAUCGCUCUUGUUGAAGUAACCCAGAAGAGGAACUUUUGCCCGGGUCAGCUGAGAACCAGAUCCAGACGAGAACCAAAUGGACGAACAAGCGACUCCUCUUUGGAGAAAAUCAAGGGCUAUGGCAAGGAUAGCCUGGGAAUAUCAAGGCUACACAACUUGUUCGAGGUACAUGAUUCUGCCGUUCACCAGUCCGGUCGCGCUGCUACAUUCCCAUUUCUCAAGACACCUGACACUAAGAUUACCAAUUCUUCGGAAAACGCUGGACGGGCUCCGGAAUUCUUUUAUGCGGUAGCGGGCCUGGAGAGGCAAUAA